AAAGAAUUACAGUAAUACCUUAAUCCCUUCGUAUAACAAGAACAUCAUAAAACAGUGUUCCUGAGUUUCGAAUACAUAAAUACAUCAACGUUUUACUUCUCAACCAAACUGCAUGGCUCUCCAUUCUGUCAAAGUUGCAGUCAUCGGCGCCGGAGUCUCCGGCCUCAUCGCCGCCCGUGAGCUACAAAAAGAAGGCCACAACGUCGUAAUUUUCGAAAAAAACAAACGUGUAGGAGGAACAUGGAUAUACGACUCAAAAUCAGACUCCGACCCUUUAAGCAUAGACCCGACCCGAGAAAUAGUUCACAGCAGCGUGUACCUUUCACUACGAACAAAUCUUCCAAGACAUAUCAUGGGGUUCCUAGAUUACCCUUUUGCGAAACGAGAAUCGGGUGAUCCAAGAACGUUCCCGGGUCAUGAGGAAGUGCUUCAUUUUUUGGAGGAAUUUGCGGGUGAGUUUGGGAUCCAUGGGUUGACCCGAUUUGAAACAGAGGUGAUGAAAGUUGAGAGGAAAGGAAAUGAGUGGUUGGUUGAGUCAAGGUUGACUCGGGGAAAUGACUCAGUGAGUGAAGAAGUUUUUGAAGCGGUUGUUGUUUGUUCUGGGAAUUAUGUUGAACCGAAACAUGGUGUUGUUCCUGGAAUUGAAAAGUUUCCUGGGUUACAAAUCCAUUCUCAUAAUUAUAGAGUUCCUCAUGAUUUCAAAGAUCAGGUUGUGAUUUUAAUUGGGAUAGGACCUAGUUCAUUUGACAUCUCAAGAGAUAUUGCAACAGUAGCAAAGGAAGUUCAUGUUGCAACAAGACCGAUACCAGAUUUGAAUAUGAAGUUGGAAAAUGUUCGCAAUAUAUGUUUCCAUACUUUGAUUAAAUGUGUCUAUGAAGAUGGUUUAGUUGCCUUUGAAGAUGGAUUCUCUAUUCAUGCAGAUGCCAUAAUUCACUGUACAGGGUACAAAUACCAUAUUCCUUUCCUAGAAACCAAUGGAAUAAUAACCAUUGAAGAUAAUCGCGUUGGGCCUCUAUACAAACACGUUUUUCCUCCUUCAAUGGCUCCAUGGCUCUCUUUCAUUGGUUUAGUCCAUAAGGAAACUAUUUUCAAUGUAGUUGAGUUACAAGCUAAAUGGGUUGCAAGAGUUUUAUCAGGUAAAAUUAUUUUACCUACAGAAGAAGAAAUGAUGGAAUCUGUUAAAGACUUCUAUCAAUUCAUGGAGGAAAAUGGAUUCGCUAAGCGUCACACUCAUUCGCUUCGCCCAUUUCAGAGUGACUACAAACAUUGGCUAGUGGAACAAAUUGGACUGCCUCCAUUGGAAAAUUGGAAGGAUGAUAUGUUGAUGGAGUGUUUGAAGAAUAUACUAAUUGAAAGGAAUGAAAUGUAUAGAGAUGAAUGGGAUGAUAAUCAUUGGGAUGCCAUCAUUCAGAAUGAUCAACUUCUUAAAAAUUAAAUAUGUUGAGUGUUUAUUGCUGUUUGUUGAAAUUGGGUUGUCUAAAAAGAAAAUAUAUAUAUUUUCAAGUAUAUGGUUUGAAUUUUCAAUGAUGUAACUAAUUGCAAUUAAUAACAUUAAUGAGAAUAUGUUCCCGUGAA